GGGAGAAGUUGCGCGUCUGCGCAGGACCAGGCUCCGUCUGUCCCGGAACGCCAGUUUUAGCAUUCGAACCUGCACUUUGGAAGCGAAUCGGGGUCAUGGAAAAACGGGGAGACUCCGACCCGGUGGGGUCGCUGCUGGCAGCCGCUCGGGAAGUGUACAAAAGGAUUUAUGGAGGGGUAGAUCCUAAAAUUGCAGUGUCGGCGCCCGGAAGGGUGAAUUUGAUCGGAGAGCACACGGAUUACAAUCAAGGUUUCGUGCUGCCUAUGGCCAUACAGAUGAGAACAGUAGUGGUUGGGAGUCCAAGGGAAGAUGGAAUAAUAUCCAUAACUACAACUGCAGAGGAAGCUGACGAGCCUAAAACUGUGCAGUUUCCAGUUCCAAGGGAGGGUGAUUCCUUGAAACCCGGAGAACCUCGCUGGGCUAAUUAUGUAAAAGGAGUUAUCCAGCAUUAUAAAGCUGGCCCUCUCCCAGGCUUUGAUGCUGUAAUAGAGGGUAAUGUACCAGUAGGUGGUGGUCUCUCAAGUUCAGCCUCCUUAGAAGUGGCCGUGUACACCUUCCUGCAGCAGCUCUCUCCCGAUGACAGGGAUCCAGUUACUAAGGCAUUGGUGUGCCAGAAAGCAGAACACACCUUUGCAAUGAUGCCUUGCGGUAUCAUGGACCAAUUUAUCUCUGUGAUGGGGAAGGAAGGACAUGCCUUGCUGAUAGACUGCAGGUCCUUGGAAACCCGCCUGGUCCCUUUGACCGACCCAGACUUAGUUGUUCUCAUCACCAAUUCCAAUGUACGGCACACUUUGACAGGCAGCGAGUAUCCCACCCGUCGGCGUCAGUGUGAAGAGGCAGCCAAGUUGCUUGGCAAGGCAAGCCUGAGAGAAGCCAGCAUGACAGACUUAGAGGAGUCCAGGGGCCUCCUGAGCAAGGAGAUGCACAGGCGAGCCAGACAUGUGAUUGGAGAGAUAGAACGCACUGCUAGGGCAGCCGAGGCUCUGGAGGCCAGGGAUUAUAAGAGGUUUGGGCAACUGAUGGUGGAGAGCCACAAUUCCUUACGGGAUGACUAUGAAGUUAGUUGUCCAGAAUUAGAUGAGCUGGUAGCUGCUGCCGUGGAAAUUCCUGGGGUUUAUGGUAGCAGAAUGACUGGUGGUGGUUUUGGAGGUUCCACUGUAACUCUUCUUGAAUCUGGAGCUGCAGAAAAAGUCCUAAAACGUAUCAAGGAGAAAUACAGCAGGACAGCGACAUUCUAUUUCACAAAACCUGCUGAUGGAGCUCAAGUACACCUCCUGUGGUGAAAGCUCUUCCACCAUGACUAUAGGAUUCACUGCUGUACCAGGGCCCAAGAAAAACAUGUCAUUUUGGGACAGCUUCUCUGGACAUCAGCUUGGGGCAAAGACUUGACUUCUUCCAUAAAAGGGAGCAUCUCAGGCUCAAAUCAGUGAAGUAAUUAAAAAUGUGUGUGUGCCCACACACAUAUAUGUUCUUUCUUCUAGCCAAGAGCCCAGAAAACAGGGCUGGUUCUUCUACAAGACAGUUUGGGGCACAAGAUCUCCUUUUCAGAGACACACUGUGAUGGGUGUGCCUAAACAGUCCUUGAUUUCUGCAUACAGCCUUCUACGAGAUGUUACGUCAACAACUUGGAUGGAAAUACUGGGGGUGGAGAAGUCUGGUGCAGAAUCCAUAGCUCCAAAGCAAUUCCCUUUUGUCUUCCCAAGCAGAGACCGAUGGACCAAUCCAUGGAAAUAGGCUUUCUCCCUUACAUUGUGCUCUGAAUAUUGCUUCUACUCUUUCCUUCCUGCUUAGCCGUUGGGUUGUUGUCAGAAACAAUCUCCCAAUAAUUAUCCAUGGUUGCAGCUAAACAUCUCCUGAACAGAGUCACUUCAUUAUGAGUUUCUCAAUGUUAUCACUUGUUACUGACAAGGACAGGCUAGUAUGAGAUAUAGUAGCCUCAACCCAUACAAUUGGUGUAGCUAGGCAUUGUGGUAAGGAAAAAGUGACAACUGUAGUAACUCACAAUGUCGUCAAAAUAACACAAGCAUCAUAAUGUCUGUGCAGAUGUGAUUGUGUAAUUGCAUCAUGACAUCUAAUGCAAAUACAUAAGUUCUGUCAUUUGUGUGAUGUCAUGAUGCAUGUAUCAUUUGUCUCCCAUCCCUCUGCCCCAACUCCCAUCCGUUGGACAUAUGUAAUCUAAAUUAAGUAACAUUUACAAUAAUUAUAGACAUUCUUGAGAUAGAAUGUAUGCUUAAUUGGCUGUGUUCACUUAUUGUAUGAAACCUUCAUGUGGUUGGUUGGUUUUUGUUUUAGCAUGAUUGUGAUCCAGCCAUUGUGGUUGGUAAACCUCAGUUUAUUAUAGCCAAGUGUUACGCAUAAACACAAUGUCUUAAUAAACGAUGGUUAAACAAAUCAUGGAUUAGUUAUGUGUAAGUCCACCCAAUACUUGCUUAACAUCAGCUGUUCAAUACUGGACUUCAGUCUUAGGUUAUCAGCUAAACACCCAUUUUGUACUAGUUGGGUUGAAUUACAUAUCAGUUGUGUCUAUGUGGCAUAACUGAACAUGAACUAACCAACCAGAUUUUAGAUUAUCAUGUAUUAUAUGAGCCUCACCUGUGUUGCUAGUUUAAGGCUUAGUGUUUUGUGCAAACCCAGCCAACUGGGUUAAUUCUGUAAAGCAAGAGUAACACUAUCCCAGCAGCCAUUAUGUCAAGAAGACUUUAAAAAUGAACUUAACCUGGGCAUUCAAAAGUAUGCACAAAAGUUAUACAAUUAUUCUUCACAUACAUCUCUGCUGCAAAACAUGCAGAUUUAGCUUUUCCCAUGAAAUGAUUUUUAUAGACUGAUCGUGUUGCUAUUAAAACAACUGUCCUUUAGUACUAGUCUUGCGUACCUUAUAUUUUUAACUUUGGGUGUUGAAUUCUUUUAGUAACAUCUUCAGGUAGAAAUUAUAUAAUAUUUUGCUUUUAUAGCCUAAUCCUGUUGAGGGUUGGGUCUGUACAAGAUCUGCAACGUUGCCCUCAUUAACAGUCAAGCUGCAAGUUUCUUUUUACACAUAGCAUAUUUGGAAGUUAAAAAAACAACACUGCGAUCAUAGAGAAAAUGUUUAUUAAGUGCAAUACAAAGCCAUCUGGUCCAAAGCACCAUCUGUCAGAUCACUGACAUACUCAAACUGCAUAUGUACUUAAUUCCAUCAACCCCUGCAAGCCAUAAUAGUCUACAAACAUGUAAUUUACAUUAUACUGUGUUUUUCCAUUACAUGAGUGAAAACAUAGGAUGCCUUUUAAAACUCCUAUUUAGAAUAACUUUGUCACUGGAAUCUGGCCCAUUAGAUACCUCCAGUGACUCUUUGGAUUAUGCCAAGAUCUGUGGCUGUUACUCUGAGUGAAAAGGAUUAUAGUAUGUGGUAAGAGGUUGCAACAAACAGGAAAUCAUGUCAGAAGAAGCAGGAAGCUCUGGAGAUAAAGUUUAUGCAGCUUUUCCUAGGAAGAAACUAUUUGGAACUCCCUUACAGAGAAGCCAGGAAAUAAUUCAUUUUGUUGGAUUCUAAAGAAAUCUUGCCCUUUUAAAAGACAGUCCAGGAACUUUAGCAAUUCUUCCUGUUACGAAUGAUUCAUAGCAUUGAGUAUGGGAUUCUAAGAGCUGCAGCUUGAUCCUUCUUGCCUGAAUGGCCCAGCUGCAUUGCUCUUCCUAGCAGCAUUGCUAGGCAAACUUUUAGUUUCAAGAAAUGUUAAGUCCAUCUAUUCAGAAAAUCACCCACAACUAUGGGGCACCUUCAACUCAUGUGGGAUACAGUAUAAGCCAGCUAGCAUUAUCCACACCUUGCAUGAUGAUUUGCACUGAUGAAUAAACUGUCACUUAGAUAGAUAAGCUGUUGCUUAACUGCAUUCUGGCCUCACUGAAGAAUCCCUGGGCAAUUUCUGAAAAAUGCAGCAACAGCUGUAAUGUUACUUUGAUUUCAGUUUGUUUCCAAAUGGAUGGCUCUUAGGAUUACUUCCCAAAAGAUACUGUGGCAUGAUUCUAUCAUUGCCACUUUACCAGAUUUUCUAUGGUUUAAAAAAAGAUUGAACAAAUAGUAGGAAAAUACAUAAAAAACAGUGACACUUGGACUAUGAAUGAGGCUAUGGUAAUUGCACCAUAAAAGCCUCAUCUGAAAGUAACUAAAUUAUUGGCUAAAAGUAAAUCAGUUCAUUUUGAGGGCUUCCUCUGCAAAGAUAUUAACUGUCCAUAGCACAAUGCCAAAUGUUUGACACUAAAGUUGGAAACUUGAGAUCAACACCUUAAUUGGCCUCAUAUUGUAUCAUGGAUUCUUUGGGAAACAGGUAGUCCUCGUUUAGCAACCACAAUUGGGACCAGCAACUUGGUUGUUAAGCAAAGCAGUCGUUAAACCAUGACUGU